GAGAAAGAGAGUGGCGCCAUGCGUAUCUAUCAGACUGGUAAGGGGCGUUGUGAAGUCCAAAAGGCAGUUGGAAAUACCGUUCAUGUUGCCGGAUUCUUAUCUUUAAUAUACCAUACGAGAGAGUAGUCGGUCGUGUGUGAUGAAAGUACGAAUCUGUGAAGCGGAGAGGGCUGGGUUUCCUUUUCGUCUGUGGUGUGCUAGUGGGUCUCUGCAAAAGUAGCAGUGGAUGAAAACUGGCAAUUUAAAGGGACAAUAACACUCCAAUUCCGCCACCAUGUCCUGCGAGGUAAGCGAACUGAACCGGGACCGACAGUAUUGUGAACUCUGCGGGAAGAUGGAAAAUCUCCUCAAGUGUGGCCGUUGUAGAAACUCUUUCUAUUGCAGCAAGGAGCACCAGAAACAAGACUGGAAGAAGCAUAAACUGGUUUGCAAGGAGGCCAAAAAAGGGCCGAGCCUGUCACAGCCCGCAGUACAGGCUGCACAGGACGAACCGCAAUGGCUGUGCGGAGCCGAGAAAGAGAGGGAGCCGCAGAAGAUGCCCGCUGAAGCAGAGUCCAAAAGCGCUUACCAAAGCACAGACGACCCCAGGCCUUUCAAUUUGCCGGCAGACGGAGAAAGGAUGAGAGAUUUUAGCACGCCUGCAGAUGGGUCUGGCAGUAUAUCUAACACUAAACAAACCAGAGAUGGGAUUAAUAUCAUUAAGACAAACGGACAGACGAAAUCCCGUCCCCAGAAAUUUGCUAUGGAAUAUAUAGUUCCGUGUAUGAACAAACACGGUAUCUGUGUAAUUGAUAACUUUUUAGGAGAAGACAGGGGACUUUGUAUUUUGGAGGAGGUUAAAUCCCUAUAUGACACUGGCAGAUUCACUGACGGACAACUGGUCAGUCAGAAAAGUGAUUCUACAAAAGACAUAAGAGGCGACAAAAUAACGUGGAUUGAAGGAAAGGAGCCAGGAUGUGAGAUGAUUGGGUUUUUAAUGAGUCGCGUGGAUGAUCUUGUGAGACACUGUAAUGGUAAACUGGGAAACUACAAAAUAAACGGAAGAACAAAAGCCAUGGUGGCAUGUUACCCAGGCAAUGGAACAGGAUAUGUGCGCCACGUUGAUAACCCAAAUGGAGAUGGGAGAUGUGUCACAUGUAUAUAUUAUCUUAAUCAAAACUGGGAUGCCAAGGAUCAUGGAGGUCUGCUUCGAAUUUUCCCCGAAGGUAAAGCACAGUUUGCCGAUAUUGAACCUAGAUUUGAUAGACUACUCUUUUUCUGGUCCGAUCGCAGAAAUCCUCAUGAAGUACAGCCAGCUUUUUCCACAAGGUAUGCCAUAACAGUCUGGUAUUUUGAUGCAGAUGAAAGAGCACGAGCUAAAGAGAAAUACUUAACAGGUGCAGGAGAAAAGGGAGUGAAGGUUGAACUAAAUAAACCUUCCGAGCUAAGUCUGAAAGAAGUUUGACCUGUAAAACCCCAAACCCCUCUACGCCCUGCUAGUCAGCUGAGAAAACUGAAGAACAGUGAAUGUGAAAGCAAACUGUCACCUGCUUCCUACACAUAAAGAACUUCAAUACAUUUUUUUUCAAAUGAAAAUGAAUACAUCAGCUAACCUUGAAUGUUAUGGCAUUGCACUGCAAGGACUAUAAUACCCAAGACUGAAAUUUUGCUUACGUGAAGAAUGCUGACAUAAAACCAAACGACAAAAUAUCGAAACUGUCUUCAUUUAUUUUUUGCUUUGUGCAAAAGAAGUACAUGAUAUAAAGGUUGUGUGAUGUUUAUCAGAAAUACAUAUUGGCCAACAGUACCAUUCAUCUCCUGUGUUUACUAUUCCAUUGACAUUUCUGAGUAAUUUUGUUAUUAAAAAAAGGUACAAUAUACUGCAUUUGCUUUUGAAUAUAUAUAUAUAUAUAUAUA